AUGGACAACUUGACAUUAAGGCACAGCAUUCUCCUAGUAGAGGGACUCAGUGUUACACCCCAGUCAUCUAAUCCUGUUUUCAUUGUGAUUUUCUUAGUUUAUGUCUUUGCAGUGGUUUCAAACAUUACACUUAUUAUUUUAAUCUCAACAGAGAAGAAUCUGCAUGACCCCAUGCAUGUUCUAUUUUGUAACUUGCCACUGAAUGAUAUACUAGGGACCACUGUUAUUUUGCCACGCUUAAUGCAGGACAUUUUAACAGAAACCUCAGAGCGCUAUAUAACGUAUGUGGGGUGUGUUAUUCAAGCUUAUUUUGUGCAUGUAUUUACUGCAGCAUGCCAUUAUGUGCUUAUGAUCAUGGCUUUUGAUAGGUACAUUGCUAUAUGCAAUCCAUUGCGAUACACGGCUAUAAUGACCAAUAAAAUGGUGAUUAAACUCUCAGCAGCAGCCUGGGGAAUGGCAAUACUUUUGGUGACAAUUAUGAUAGGUCUGACUGUGCGUCUGUCUCACUGCAGAUUUAAAAUUGAAAACCCUUUCUGUGACAAUGCCUCACUGUUUAAACUGUCCUGUGAAAAUGUGUCCAUUAAUAAUGUGUUUGGAAUUAUUUAUACUGCUGUUGUAGCCUGUCUGUCAUUGAUAUGUAUAUUUAUAACAUAUGUAAAGAUUGCUGUGGUAUGUAUAACCAGCAAAAACAAAGCACUCAAUAGCAAAGCCAUAAAAACCUGUAGUACUCAUUUAUCUGUUUAUUUAAUCAUGUUUGUGUCUGGAGCCACUUUUAUAUUUCUCCAUCGUUUCCCUGAAUAUUCUGAGAGCAGGAAACUGGCUAGUUUACUUUUUCAUAUUGCACCACCAGGAUUAAAUCCCUUAGUUUAUGGUUUACAAACCAAAGAGAUAAGACAGAAGUUUAUUAUUAAAGACUACUUCCAGUCUCGGCAAGUGCUCAGGGAAAGUGGGCGAGUACACAAGUAUGUCAUCAAGUCUUCAAAAGAACCUAUCGAGCCAUUUGAUGCUGGAAUCUCUUCAACCUCAACCGAGUCCUUUGCGUCCUCAACGCCCCUCCGAAACCCGGUAUCAUCUCCGCACUCCUCACCAAAUAGCUCGCCCUUCCGAGAGUCCGAGAGUCCAUCUCCAAGCAGAUUCCCUUGCAUCUCCAAGCAGAUUCCGAGAGUCCGAGAGUCCAUCUCCAAGCAGAUUCCCGUAGCCGACUCAGCAUCCAUCCCAACCAAGUCAUCAUCCAUGCAAAGGUAUGGGUUGGGCUACCAGUACAUGAUCAAAGUCUGUAAAGCCCAGGUUUUCAUCCUCAAGAGCAAAAACAUCAUAGUACUUCAUCAGCAAAUCAGUCAGCACUGCCUGCUGUUCAGGAGUACCACUGCUGUGUAG